AUGGCCAGCGAAGCGACAGACUCACAACCCCUCGACACGAUCCGGUUCCGCCCAAGCAAGAAGCGCAAGGUCUACAGAUCGCGAGCCGACGACGAGAACGACGACAGCGACCAGCGCGCCCAGAUCCCCAGCGCGAACACCAACGAGCCUCGCGCUGUCGCAUCAGACUUCUUCGGCCGGGACGAGUCCGAAGAGACCACACCGCACCCCCCCAGCAGCGUCGCAGCAGCUCUCCGCCACCGGUCCGCUCGUCGCGGCCGCCUACAAGGCGUCGGCUUCAGCACCCGCUCCCAUGCGACCGAACCCGCCUCGGACGAGCGAGCCCUCGUCCCUAGGCACGGCGACGACGAUGACGCCGGCGCACAAGCCGGCAUGGCCAACCGCUUCACACAGCAGACCGGGAUCGUCUCCGACAUCGACGACAAGCACAUGAAUCAAUACAUAGAAUCCCGCCUAUCUAGUCGAGCCGCCUUGCGCGCACCCCCAGCCCCCAAUCCCCCCCAAGACGGAGACGAGACCGCCGACCCAUCGCGCUCCGCACAACAGGCCCCCGGCCAGCCAGUCAUGCAAGGCAAGCUGAUGGAGGUCGACCUCGCCAGCCACCCCAUCCCCACCGCGGGAGACGACAGAUCCGGUCGCGAGACGAAGCGGCAGCGCCUCGGCCGCGACGGCAAACCCUGGCGCCCGCGCAAGCGCCGCGGAAGCGACGACAUCAAGCGCGACAAGCUGGUUGAGGAGUUCCUCAGUGAGAACAGACGUGAGUGUCCUUCCGCUCUCACUACGCACACAUUGAUUUGUGUACUGACAUGGUCCCUUUUUCUGCUUCUAGUUGGUGUUUACGAUGUUCCCGAAGCAUCAGCUCCGAGCCCUGCAGCCGACGGCGAGGCAGACGAGCGCCUCGCAGAAGAGUUCCGCCGGCAAUUCUUGGACGACGUGGCUCGGAGACGGCAGCAACAGCAACAGAGGAAGAAGAAGCCUACCCAAGCAGCGAAGCCAGGCUCGGAGGAUGUUCUCAGGGGACCUAAACUUGGAGGAAGCCGAAAUCAAAGAGCAGCAGUUCGGGAUAUUUUACUCAAAAAGGAAAAGGAGGCCAAAAAAUAG